AUGCCUUCACUACAAUCCUUCCUUUCACUCUCCAGUCCCCAAGCGUCAGCAAACAACGGCGCUAAUGUCACCAAAUCAACUCCAAUUCCCAGUACAAACAUAGGCCCAGCAGCACAACACCUCCAACAUGAGCUGCUAGAAAUGUACUGGCAAGGAGUGGAACGUGAACUACCAGACCUACUCCUCACAUAUCGUCACUGGCAAUCAGGCAAAGAGGCGUCAGAACUUCUGCCAGAUGAACAAGACCAUCAUAUCCAUGGCUACGAUACCUUUAUCGAUCAGGUAUCCGACAUCUCACGUCAAUUCCAUGAGCGGAACAAGUCAACCCAAGAACUCAAGAAACAGAAACAGAAAAAAAGCGAAAAGAAAAACAAGAAUGAACCACCUUCUUACGAUGAAGUACUGCGUGGUCGAGGCUGGGAUAUCUUUGCCGACAUGAAAAGCCAGAGCGUGAAAGGCGCUCUGAGGACUGCACUCAGUGAACGCAAGAUACUGGACCCAGCGAGACGACGAGCACGUAUGCUUCUGCAAUCGGCGCAGUUCCUGGACAUUGACAAAAUAAUCGAGCAUAGAGAUGAUGAAGAGAAUCCCUCAGUCUGGAAAAUGUCUGCCUCGGCUCAGAUGAAAGUGUCAUGCUACGAUGCUCUGAACCAGCCUGUCUUUGUUCCACAGCGCUGUUCGGAGUGUCAGACAAUCAUCCGGGGUUGUAAAUUUGCGGAUACUAGCACUGAAGGUGUCAUUAUCUGUGAAAGAUGUUAUAGGGCGACACAUUGUGGCCAGGCACGGUUUGUGAAGCAGUAUAAACAUUCCUGUCUACCUACUGCUUUGACGCCAGAGAUGAGUCGUGGACUUUGUUACUGCAGUACUGUCCGGCGACGCGAUGUCCAUGGACGCUCUCGAUCUCUUUGGCCAAUCGAUCCGGCCGCUGACGAGGGCAGUCACAUACAAGGAGGCCUGGGCCGAGUUGGAUGUGGGCUUUACAAGGUCACUGAUCUCUUGGCGGAGGCAAAGUAUGCAUCUACGCAAUCCCUUUCUGGCAGGAACGAAACUCUUCUCAAACUAAGGCAGAGAGAUCUUGCCAGUGAAGAAGUGCCAAGGCCUAUAGGUGCCUUGAGGAAUGACACUAUUAGACCGGAACAUGACGAGACGUCCAGACCGGAGUAUGGGCAUUCCGAUGGAUCCAGGACCAGUCAGCCAAAGGGUAUUCCAACGUAUCUGCGGUUUACGACUGGGGAUAAUAUAUUUGGAAAUUUGCAGAUGGCUGUUCGCUUUGGUCCCCUUGUAAUAGAAAAUGGCUCUGCAAACUACAGCUUGGAUGGCGUUCUCAUCACAAACCGGGAUCCGCCUUCGUUACAAGUCGCCCGCGGCUCUCCGGAAGAGAUCACAAAAUGUCUCCUCCUUACAGGCGAAACUGAUCGCGUGCUAUCCUCGCAAAAUAGACCGCGAUACCCGAAACGCUAUAGAGCAUUCAUGAAGCAAGUAGUCGGUGGUGCUUUUUGCGAUUUCUUCGACUCUGAUAUUGAAGAGCAGCUCAUUGAUGCUUUUAUGCACGAGAGCGACUAUCUGGCUUAUGACAACUUGGAAUCUGGAGCACAAGAAGCCGUGUUGAACAAGAGUGCUAAACGAUUGCUCUUGCUUGUCAAAGAUUAUCUUGGAUCAAGAGUACAAGCUUAUGUAACAAGCAUUACAACUCGUCUUCUUGAUCCAUAUGUUCAACUUCAGUGGAAUCGACAAUCCAAUAGCCGUCAGGCAUUCUGCGACAACUUGAUCGACCGGGACCUAUUUGGUUCUCUGUUUACCUCUGAAGCCUUCGAUAAUAAGCUUCAACCUUUCUAUCUGAUGAGCUUUGUAUGUCGACCUGGAUCCGACGUUCCAGUUCGGGCACUGUCUAAGUAUGAAGUGCCCAACGGUUUGACAGAAGAAUAUCUGUUGAGGUUUCGCUACGGGCGUCAUGACGAUUCUGAUAUCAUCGACUCGCUCACUGAGUACUGGACAGAUUGGGGCGGAUUUGAGGGGCCUAUCUAUCCCUAUCAGGAUGUUUUCCCGUGGGAUUGUACAGAAGCGUAUGACCGCUAUCCUGGAAAUUGUGGCGAUUGUAAUAUCUCCAAGCAUGUCCUUGCAUUCCCCUUUGAUUCCUGGUCCAUCACAUCUCUACACCUUGUACGAGGCAGAGAAUUAUAUCCCCCAACUCCAACACUCACAGACCGACCAACAGAGAAGAGCCAGGCUGGAGGUCUCAUGUCAGAUACAAACUGGUUCAAGAACCGUUUAAAAAUCCUUCUUGGACAAGACACCCUACUCGCAGUCGCGGUUGCAAUGUCAAACAAUCCUCAAUUCCGGGCCUCAACAAAUUGGUUACACAGCGACUCUGACAAAAGGAUGGACCGCCUGAAGCUGGGUGGCAUCCAUCGUGCACAGCCCUUCAGCCAUCACUUCGAAAAAGGUGCAUACCAUCGCUACUUUGUCGCGAACUGGUCCAUGUAUACCUUGCCACUGCGUAUCGCUGAGUAUGAGAAAUUGAGGGAUUGGAGAGCAGCAAAGAUUGACGUUGGAGCAACAAAGGCGGACCAUUCUGGGGCAGGAGGUUGCGGUGUCGGGGUAUUCGUAUGUGGUGCUGCUGGAGCUGGGUGCGCGGUGGGGAGUCCUGGAAUGGCAGGCGACACUUGUGGGAGUGGUUGUGUCACGGAGGCUUCAGGUGACGGCGAUGGUGACGGUGAUGGUGGUGGUGGCUGUGGAGGUUGCGGAGGAUAG